UAAGUUCAUAAUUAUAACCCAUGAUUAUAACCUAAAAACACAGUUAAUAUACUAUAUUAAUUAUUAGAUCUAUGGUUUAAAAUAUGUAUAUAAUUAUUGUAUAAUCUAUAUUUUCCUUACAAAUAUGACUAUUGUAACGGGCGAAUGUAAAACACGAUUGUCUUAUGAAAACAAACUAAUAUUAGCUCCUAUGGUACGAGUCGGUACCUUACCAAUGAGAUUAUUAGCUUUGGAUUAUGGGGCUGAUAUUGUUUAUUCUGAAGAACUCAUUGACUGGAAAUUUUUAAAAUCGGUGAGGAGAGUGAAUGAUGUAUUAGGAACUGUAGACUUUUUAGAUUUAUCAGAUGGAACCGUUGUUUUUCGUACUUGUGGAAAAGAGAUAAAUAAAGUGGUGGUACAAUUAGGGACCAGUGAUCCAGCAAGAGCAUUAGCGGUUGCAAAAUUAAUUGAAAAUGAUGUUGCUGGUAUUGAUAUAAAUAUGGGCUGCCCAAAGGAGUUUUCAUUGAAAGGUGGGAUGGGUGCUGCAUUGCUGUAUCAACCCGAAAAAGCAAAAAGUAUUUUAUGUCAUUUGGUCGCAAAUAUUAAAAUUCCUGUAACUUGUAAGAUUAGAGUUUUUGAGAGUAUCGAUGAUACUUUAAAUUUAGUUAAAGAAUUGGCAUCUACAGGUAUAUCGGCAAUAGCGGUUCAUGGUAGAACUAAAGUAGAAAGACCUCAACACCCUAACAGAUGUGAAACAAUCAAAAAAAUUUCUGAAGUUUUAAGUAUACCAGUUAUUGCAAAUGGAGGUUCUAGAGAAAUAGACAAAUACAGUGAUAUUUUUAAAUUUAAGGAAGAAUGCGGAAGCAGUAGUGUUAUGAUAGCUAGAACAGCUGAAACUAAUUGCUCAAUAUUUAGAAAGAAAGGAAUGAAGGACUUGGAAGACGUUAUUAAGGAUUACUUAAAAUAUGCUGUCGAUUACGACAAUUCUCCCAGUAAUACAAAAUAUUGUGUGCAAAAUAUGUUACGAGAAUUACAAGAAACACCUAGGGGGAAGAAAUUUCUAGAAUGUCAAACUUUAGAACAAAUCUGUGCUAUAUGGAAUUUAGGGGAUUACUGUCGAAAAAAGCAGUUAGAAUAUCAAUCGAAAGGUAUACUUGGUCGAAGAGAAGUUACCCCUGACCUACUUGACCCCAAACGAAAAAAGCAAAAGACUGAUAUAGACGGAGAAGGUGUCCAUGUGACGAUGAAAUGUGCUUUUAUCCGAGUGAAUUUCGUUACUGAUCCUGAUCUGCCAAAGUCAAAACUUAUAGCUUACUGUGCCAAAAACAAAUUCGACUUGCCCAAGUAUAAAGUUUUUAACGAAGACAAGUUAUUUAGAGCUGUGGCCACUCUAAACGAUGUUAAAUAUAGUUCCUCGUAUUGGGAGAAGAACAAAAGAUUCGCUGAGCAAGGAGCUGCUUUGGUUGCUUGCGUUUCUCUGGGACUAAUCAGUAAAGAAGAUUUAGUAAAAGAUGGAAGUAUUUUGGAAUAGGAUAAUGCAUGACGAAUGUCAUUUCAGUUGUUUGCAUUAAGUGACAGAAGACAUUUGAAAUAAUAAUUUAAAAUAUUUGAAAUUGUACACAAGGGAAAUUGCUAAAUCUUAUCCCUUUCUCCGGUUAUGGGCGUAUUUGCACAUUACACAUGAAAUUUUAACAAAUGUAGUUUAUGAAUUAAUUUUUUUUACUUAUGGUAUGGUUUUUAUUACUAUUUUAAGAAUUAGACAUAAUAAACCACCGUACUGAAUGUGCACGAUAAAUAAAACAUGUUUUUAAUUUUAAUUUUCUAUUAUGGAUAUAAUUGACUGGUAAUGCAAAAAUGGAAAUGUGUAAUAUGGAAAUGUUUAUUUGGUGUGAUAAUAAUAAUAAAAAGAUA